AUGUAUAACUACCGCCGCGUCCUGAUGUGUGUGUGUCCUGUUCGUCUCUGUAGUGAGCCUGAUGAUGAUGAUGAUGGUGUUUGAAGAACUUUCGAUAGUUUUGUUGUUUCAUGUCACUAUUGUCUUGUAACUCAUCAAUAAGUCAAUAUAUUGCGCACGCAUACGAUACACCAGAUCUUAUAGCGUACUUUAACGAUAUUAAGCUUGUUUUAAAACGUUAAAAUAAAUUGGUUUAUUGUUGUCACGGUGUCGUGUAGGAAGUUACUUUUUCACUACAGUUAAUUAUUGUCACGGUGUUUUAUUUCAUAAAGUCGUUUUUUGCAUACAGACAAAAACAAGUAGUCAGUUAAAUAAUGCACACUCACUAGUUCUCGUUACUAAACUCGUGUUAUAAAGCAGAUCAUUCAAAUCUCUGCUUUGAAUAGAUUACCAUCAUUUUAAACAAAGUAUCUUUCAAAUAAAUAUGAUUGAAUGUCUGACCAGGAUAAAAGGUGCAUGAUUUUUUUUUGUCAGUUAAAUAGGCAUGUUGUUAAACUAAUCGUUGAACACACUGUAUUUAACGGAGCAGUUCACCAACCCUUCGGGUCGGGCGGGUGAUGGAGGAUCUGGAGGAGGACCUGACGUGCUCUGUGUGCUUCGGUCUCUUCUCGGACCCCAGGGUGCUGCCCUGCUCACACACCUUCUGCCGGAGCUGUCUGGAGAGUGUGCUGCAGGCCUCGGUCAGCUUCUCCAUCUGGCGUCCCCUGCGUCUGCCGCUCAAGUGCCCCAGCUGCCGGAGCGUGGCCGAGCUGCCCCCCAGUGGCCUGGACGCUCUGCCGGUCAACGUCUGCCUGCGGGCCAUCGUGGAAAAGUACCAGAGCGACGGCCGGCCCCGGGCCCCAGCCUGCCCCGAGCACCCCAGACAGCCCCUGAACGUCUACUGCGUCCAGGAUCGCAAGCUCAUCUGUGGCUUCUGCCUGACCGUGGGCCAGCACCAGGGCCACGCCAUCGAUGACCUACAGACGGCGUUCGAGAAGGAGCACGGGGCCCGGGGCCGGCUGACGGAGGGGCUGAGGGGCCAGCGCUGGGAGGAGCUGUGCGGUCUGUCGGAGCGUCUGCAGCAGGAGAAGACCCGGAGCCUGGCUCUGCUCCAGAUCGACCGCGAGGCCGUGUCUCACUUCUUCCAGGGCCUUGACCUCAUCCUGGCCCAGAAGGAGGAGCACUUCACUCAGGCUCUGGACCGGGCGAGUGUGCUGCUGGAACACGCUUACGAGCCGCUCAUCCGGCAGGUGAAGGAGAUGCAGGAGGAGCACGGCGAGCUGGUGUCGCUCAGCUCCAGCUUGGAGACCGAGGAGUGUCCGCUGGAGUAUCUGGAGACGGUGCAUGAGCUGAGGGAGCGGGUGAAGGCCCUGGUCCAGACGCCGCUGCCCGAGGUCCCCAGUCUUCACGUGGCUCCGCGAGCAAAGCGCUUCUUUGAGGAGCACUGGUCUGACGUGACCAUCAGAGGCCUGAGAGACGCUCCCGUUCUUCAGAUCUCAUGCCACACGCCGAGGAGCUCGACGGCCGGGGCCCAGGCCCCUGAUGGAGCUUGGCUCUGGAGUCUCGUGCUGCUGCUCAUGCUGCUCCUCGCAGCGCUGUGCUUACUUUCAGUGUGUGAAAGUGCUCCGGGGCUCUCCGGUCUCGUCUCCACUGAACUCACCCAGCCGCUCAGUGACGUGGGGACUGUUUUCUGCUGUCUGCUACAGGACAUCAACACCAAAUUAAAUCAGUUUAUUUCUAGUUUUGGAGAAAACUGCUACCAGCAUCUGCUCAGCUUUCUCAAAACAUUUCAGUAGUGUUCAGUGCUGAAGACGACGCAGAUAUUCAGCUGAAACACGAACCGAAAGCAUGUCUGGGUCAUUAGGGUUUGUUUUUACAGAACAUUAACCCGAGAGUUCUUCUCAUUCAAGAAUGAGGCCAAUGAUGUUUGAACGCUCAGCAUUUUAAGGAAAAGGUAUUGCACACAAGUGUUUUGAAAACAUCUGUAAAUAUAAAACCAUUAUUUAUAGACAAAGCAUUAUGAAGCUUUGUGAUGCAGUCAGUCUGAUAUUAUACAGUUAGCAUAAUUUUUAACAGCUGCUUAAACUGUUCAUGGAUUAAAAAAAAACAACAAAAAAAAAACACUCAUGUAGUCACCAGGACCCAUGUCUCAAUCCCUUUAACAAUCGUUCUUUAGUUCAGAAGAACAUGUUCCUUUAUUUUACGUCACACGGUUUAUAAAACAGUCUCUUACUGUAAUACAAAUACAUUACCCACAAUGCCAUCCUCCCACUUCUUCACAGAUAGCACUGUAGCAGCUCGAGUAGGACAUUUCUGAAUAACUGCUUUGUGACCAUGAAGAGAGUAUGUUGUAUGUAGUGUAAGUGUUAUCUGGAUGUACUACUCAUCCGUAGCACACACACACACACACACACACACACACACACACACACACACGAAAUAGCAGGUUAUCCACGUACUCCCUUCUUUUUAAGGAGUACUUUAAAUCCAGAUAUACCGUUUCUCAUAUUCUAUGUAGUAGAGAAAUGUGACUUCAGAUGCAGCCCUGUGCUUCAAGAUCUACAGACUGUACUAGACUGCACUAAAGACGUCUAAACUACUCUUAAGACAUUUGGGAUUUAUUUUAUCUUACUUGUAAGGACUUUAAAUGUAUGUCUACCUUUUUCUACUAUGUGCUGCUACAAAUGAUUACUAAAAAACUAAAUUUUCACUUAUCGUAUAAAACGAAAAUUCAGCAUGUUUUGUUCUUUCAGAUUCAU